AUGGAGGGUAUACCCGUGGAUAUGGUUGAAGAAGACAUCUCGAGUGAAUUAUUAGACUACUACCACGUCCAAGGCUUGGAUGAUGUCCGGAUCAUUCGCGAUAGGCAGACCAAAGUAUCACGGCAGAUUGGCUUUCUCCGAUUCAACACUCUGAACGAAUCUCGAGAUUUCAUGGCCCAGAACGCACCGAAUUUGUACAUCUAUGGCCAAAAUGCUGGGAAAGAUGACCGCGCUGCCAAAAUCCGCAUUUCUUUUACGCGCGAACGAGACGAUCGUCGAAACCGCCCGGAAGGCGAAUGGACGUGUCGAAAUUGCUCUUUUGACAACUUCUCAACUCGGCAAAAGUGUUUUCGCUGCCAGGCAGAUCGUGCUGAUGCCGAGAUGUCUGUUGAAGAAAUGCCCGAUCGUGUCGUGAAUAUUGGAGACAACGAUGUCGCUGCAGAUAACACGCCGUCGCAGUUUUUGCUCUUCAGAGGAUUAGAUGGCUCGGUUACAGAAGAACUCUUCUCCAAAGGGGUAACGAAGCUGUAUAAACCUGCAAACAGUGAAGACCAAAGCUGUUCAAAGAAGGCAAAAGUUGCUUCAACCACAGGUGAUUCAAAUCUCGGUGCUAGGGACGGUUCUUUGCGACGUGUUCUCCUCAUUCGCGACCGCCAAAGCAACGAAAGCUGGAAAUUCGGAUUUGCAGAAUUCGCCACAGUUGACGAUGCGCAAGCUGCAUUGAGAAAGUUGCAUUCAUUUGAAAAAUUCACAAUCUCCUCCAAACCGGUCUUGGCUAGCUAUAUCCAUGCGGGUGUAUUCGUCCCGGUUCUGAAUCCGACGCCGAGCACAGUGCGAUUUACUUUCAGUCCUCUGUCAAAUCCUGGGAUGAAGCUUGCAUAUUGGGACGAGGAAGGUUACGUAACCGAAUUGGUUGUGUCUACAGAAGAGCUGGAUAAGCCCAAGGUGGAUGCAAAAGCUGCCAAAGACGCGGAGAAAGCGAAGAAGAGAAAAGCGGAGGCGUCUAGUGCUGCUAAUGCCAAGAAAAUGGCAAUGCCAUCGCAUCUCCAAUUCUGGUCGGACCGACACGCUGAGUUGCACGGGAUUCAAAAGAAAGAAGACGAGGAGAUUGGCGGCUCAGCCAAGGGAUCUGAAGGUGGCUCACCAGCUCGGUCUGCGGCACCGCCAGCUCGAUCGUACGCCGACCUUAAUCGGAAUUGCUGCUAUUUGUGUAUGCGCCAGUUCAAAUCAGCAUCCGAAGUCAACCAGCACGAACGACUCAGUCAGUUACACCGGGACAACCUGCAAAACGAGGAAACAAAGGCCAAAGCAUUAGCAAAACUGGAGAAGCACCGCAAUGACCCGCCCAUCGAUCAUGGACCCUCCACAGAAUACCGAGACCGAGCCAAGGAACGCCGCAAGGCGUUUGGCAGCUCGCGACAAACCAGCAAACCCAAGCCUCCUGCUGCUCCAGCCAAGGUGGAAGAAGAACCGGUACCUGAACCAGCAGCCCCGUCCAAGGGAGCUGCACUUCUGAGCAAGAUGGGAUGGUCUGCUGGGUCUGGGCUUGGUGUGCAAGGGACCGGCAUGACGGCGCCGAUUGCCACAGACGUGUAUGCGCAGGGCGUUGGGCUUGGCGCACAAGGUGGAAAACUUGGUGAUGCGUCUGAAGAGGCAGCCAGAAACACGCGCGGCCGUUAUGACGAGUUUCUGGAAAAGACAAAAGACCGGGCUAGGGAGCGGUACGAGCGGAUGUCUUGA